AUGGCAUACAAAUUCGCAGCCUUUGCUGUUUUACUCGCAGUAGCUCAAGCUGGAAUUAUAAAUGAUGCUUACUCGUCACCUUUGUCUUAUGCUGGUUCUGCUGUAGCUAAAGUAACUUAUUCUGGAACUCCUGCUGUAUCUUAUUCCAGUGUAUCAGCUCCAGCUGUAUCUUACUCGAGUGUAUCGUCUCCAGUAGCAUAUGCUAGUCCAACUGUUGCUAAAAUUGAGGCUCCAAUCUCCUAUGCUGCUCCAGCAGUAACUAAACUAGCUUAUUCAGAAGCUCCGGUUGCUUACGCAGCUCCAGUUGCUAAAGCCGUAUAUGCCGAACCCUCAGCACCAGCUCACUAUGAUUUCGGAUAUGCUGUAAGUGAUCCUCAUACCGGAGACAGCAAAACUCAACAAGAAUCUCGUCGUGGUGACGUUGUUCAAGGAAGAUACUCCGUUGUUGAAUCUGAUGGUUCUAAACGUACAGUAGAAUACACCGCUGAUGAUCAUAAUGGUUUUAAUGCUGUUGUACAUAAAGAGCCUGCUGGUGUGGCUGUGAAAACUGUAGCUAAACUUUCUCCAUAUUCUUACGCUCAACCCGCAGUUUAUACCCAGCAUGCUCCAGUUGCUUACGCACAACAAUCUAUUAAAGUCGCUUCAAUUUCUAAUGGAUAUGUCACUAUUUCCACGAUGUCCACUCUUCUAUCGAAAUUUGUAGAUACUAUCGUCAGUUUUAAGGACCGUAAAGGUUCACCUCUCGAAGAAAUACUCAACAAUAUUAAUUCUCAAAGGAGAAACAAGCUGAAAAACAACUCUCUACAUGUUAAAAAGGCGCUGGAAAUCGGCGUAAAAACUGGUCUUCUCAAAAAGUCAAACGGAAAAUUCAAAUUAGGUAUUGAGACGAAGUAUUACGACUUACUUAAAAACUUCAGGUAUGUAGCUAAAAGAUGGUCUACUUUCAAAGAAAAGCGACGGAACGAUAGAAGUCAGCAGGGAAAACAACACAGGCGUGGAAAAAAUAUAAAGACUGAAAUUGGUAGUGCGUUGAUCGACACACAUAAUACGUAUUUCGCUUUUAUCUUCUUUUCUAACAAAUUUAGCAAUCCCUAUUUUUAUACUAUCAAAUAUGAUCUUUGUUUCGCGAUAGUAGUAUUUGCAGCUUUGGUGGCAGUAGGCCAAGCUGGCAAUUUGGGUCUAGGAUAUCAUGCACCAGCUCUUCUAGCUCACGGAUCCCACGAUGCCAUAUCUAGUUACUCCACCGUCCAACAUCAUGCCCCAGCUGUACAUUCUUACGCUGCUGCAGCUCCAGUAGUUUACACAGCUCCAGUUGCCUACACUGCUCCAGUAGCUAAAACUGUAAUCGCUGAGCCCUCUGCACCUGCUCAUUAUGAUUUUGGAUACAGCGUAAGCGAUCCUCACACCGGAGAUGCCAAAAGUCAGCACGAAUCCCGUCGCGGGGACGUUGUUCAUGGUAGCUACUCUCUCUUGGAAUCUGAUGGUACUAAACGUACUGUAGAUUAUACAGCAGAUGCUCACAAUGGAUUUAAUGCCGUAGUACACAAAGAGCCCGCUGCCGUGCAUUCUGUAGCUCCUGUUGCUGCCAAAAUCGUUGCACCAGUUGCUUAUGCUGCUCCAGUAGUUCAUUCUGCUCCAUUGACAGUAGCCAAAUUAGCUGCUCCGGUUACUUACACUGCUACUUUAGCUCAUUCUUCACCAUUGGCAGCUGCUGUUCCUUUGAACGUUGCUCACGCUGGUUCUUUUGCUAACGUAUACAGCAACUCAGUUGCUCACGGUUAUGCUGCUCCAUGGGCUCACGGUUAUGCAUCUCAUGCUCCAUUAAUCUGCUUCUUCGCAUUCCUUGCCUCCACGCAAGCAGGAAUCUUGAGUUCUCCACAACACUAUUCAGUUGCACCGUCGGUAUCAUACUCAAGUAUAUCUACACCAGUGGAAUAUAAAACAGCAGGUUACGCUAAAGUGGCAUCUCCCGUAUCUUACGCCGCUCCAACCAUCAGUAAAUAUGCUGCUCCUGCUUCUUACUCCACUCCAUUCUCAUACUCUGCUCCUGUUUACAAAAAAAAUAUUGCAACUGAAGAUUACUCAGCCCCAGCUCACUACAAUUUUGGUUACGCUGUUGAAGAUCCCCAUACUGGUGACGUUAAGAACCAACAAGAAUCACGGGAUGGUGACGUAGUAAAAGGAAGUUAUUCUCUAGUUGAAGCUGAUGGUACCAAGAGAAUUGUAGAGUACACUGCUGAUGCUCACAAUGGUUUCAACGCUGUUGUACACCAUGAAGCUACUGCAUAUCAAUCAAAACCAUUAGCUUCCUACGCCCAACCCACCUACAAAUUAGCAGCUCCAGUUGCUUAUGCUCAACCUGCCUACAAAGUAGCUGCUCCAGUUGCUUAUGCCCAGCCUGCCUACAAAGUAGCUGCUCCAGUUGCUUAUGCUCAGCCUGCCUAUAAAGUAGCUGCUCCAGUUACUUAUGCUCAACCUGCCUACAAAGUAGCUGCUCCAGUUGCUUAUGCUCAGCCUGCCUACAAAGUAGCUGCUCCAGUUGCUUAUGCUCAGCCUGCCUAUAAAGUAGCUCCAGUAAGUUUUUCUAGUGCUCCUGAAGUAUCUUACUCCAGUAUUUCUUCACCAGCACACUAA